GAUGACUCGGUGCCCGCUGUCAUGCCAGUUGACUCGGAGCCCGCUGACGUGCCUGAUGACUCAGUGCCCACGGUCUUGCCAGAUGACUCGGUACCCACUGUCUUGCCAGAUGAUUCGGUGCCCGCUGUCUUGCCAGAUGACACGGUACCCGCUGUCAUGCCAGAUGACUCGGUACCCGCUGUCGUACCAGAUGACUCGGUACCCGCUGUCGUGCCAGAUGACUCGGUGCCCGCUGUCGAGCUUGGUGACCCGGUGCCCGUGGUUCUGCUAGAUGGCUCUCGGGGCCUGCUGUCGUGCCAGAUGACUCGGUACCCGCUGUCGUGCCAGAUGACUCGGUGCCCGCUGUCGUGCCAGAUGACUCGGUGCCCGCUGUCGAGCCAGAUGACUCGGUGCCCGCUGUCGAGCUUGGUGACUCGGUGCCCGCAGUUCUGCUAGAUGACUCGGUGCCCGCUGUCGAGCUUGGUGACCCAGUGCCUGCGGUUCUGCUAGAUGGCUCGGUGCCCGCUGGUGCCAGAUGGCUCGGUGCCCGCUGUCGAGCUUGGUGACCCAGUGCCCGUGGUUCUGCCAGAGGACUCGGUGCCCUGCUGCUUGCCUGAUGGCCGGUGCCCACUGCUCCGCCUGAUGGCCCGGUGCCCACUGCUCCGCCUGAUGGCCCGGUGCCCAUUGCUCCGCCUGAUGG